AUGAAAUACUCAUCAUCUGUCUUAACUGCUGCUACCUUAUUCACCACUACUUUAGCUGCUGUUGUUCCAUCAGAACCAUGGGCUACUUUAACUCCAAGUGCUAAAGCCCCAAAAGGUGCUAAGACUGAUUACACUGCUACUUUUGGUGUUGCUGUUGUUCCAAUCACUGGUACUACUACUUCAGGUGGUUCAGUUUCAACUGAAACCGGUGCUCCAACUGCUGGUGUUGCUAAAAGAGAUGUCAUCUCCCAAAUUGGUGAUGGUCAAAUCCAAGCUUCAACUGGUACUCCAUCAACUACUUCAGCUGCUCCAAAAUCAACUGCUCAAGCUAUCUCUCAAAUUGGUGAUGGUCAAAUCCAAGCUACUACCAACACUGAAUCUUCAAAACCAAAAUCAACUGCUCAAGCUAUUUCACAAAUUGGUGAUGGUCAAAUCCAAGCUACAACCAACACUGAAUCUUCAAAACCAAAAUCAACUGCUCAAGCUAUCUCUCAAAUUGGUGAUGGUCAAAUCCAAGCUACAACCAACACUGAAGCUCCAAAAUCAACUGCUCAAGCUAUUUCACAAAUUGGUGAUGGUCAAAUCCAAGCUACUACAAACACUGAAGCUUCAAAAUCAUCUGCUACUGCUGUUUCACAAAUCACUGAUGGUCAAAUCCAAGCCACUGGUGCUUCAAACUCAACUGCCUCAGCUACUGAAUCCGCUAACAAAGCUUCUGGUUCAGCUGAUUCAAAAUCCUCAUCAGAUGACAAUGUCAAAGCUCAAUCAUGUAAAGCUGAUGGUUCAUUAGCUUUAGAAUUAAAAGGUGGUGUUUUAACUGAUUCUGCUGGUAGAUUAGGUUCAAUUGUUGCAAACAGACAAUUCCAAUUUGAUGGUCCUCCACCACAAGCUGGUGCUAUCUACGCUGGUGGUUGGUCAAUCACUGAAGAAGGUGUUUUAGCUUUAGGUGAUUCAGACAAAUUCUACCAAUGUUUAUCAGGUAACUUCUACAACUUAUAUGAUCAAAGCGUUGCUGAUCAAUGUCAUGAAAUCAAAUUAGAAGUUAUUGAAUUAGUUGACUGUUAA